CCUCGAGAUAUCUCGCGAGAUUUCAUACUUCAGCCAUUUGACAGACACAGAAGAAAAUGUUUACAUCGUUGAAGAAUUGACUUAUUUCUUUCCAAUGAGGUGAUAUAAACCACCAGUGACAAUGAAUGCCGAAAAUAUAGACCCUAACAUUAGCACGACUAAUCGUGUAGCUCGUGUGAACAUGGUCGAGGGCGUCGGGGCGCGUGUUGUAAGAGGUCCAGAUUGGAAAUGGGGAAAACAGGAUGGUGGAGAGGGCCAUGUUGGUACUGUGAGAAAUUUCGAGUCUCCCGAGGAAGUUGUCGUUGUGUGGGACAAUGGGACAGCAGCCAAUUACAGAUGUGCAGGGGCAUUCGACCUUAGGAUCGUCGAUAGUGCUCCAACAGGAAUAAAACACGAUGGCACGAUGUGUGACACUUGCAGGCAGCAACCUAUAUUUGGCAUUAGAUGGAAGUGUGCUGAAUGCUCCAAUUAUGACCUGUGUAGUGUCUGUUACCAUGGCGAUAAACAUAAUUUACGGCACCGAUUUUACAGAAUCACGACACCUGGAAGUGACAAGUGCUCAGUUGAACCUAGAAGAAAAAGCAAGAAAAUCACGGCCCGGGGAAUAUUUCCAGGGGCGCGGGUUGUGAGGGGGGUGGACUGGCAGUGGGAGGAUCAGGACGGGGGCAACGGGCGUCGGGGCAAGGUCACAGAGAUUCAAGACUGGAGCGCAGCCAGUCCCAGGAGUGCAGCCUAUGUGUUGUGGGACAAUGCUGCCAAGAAUCUCUACAGAGUGGGCUUUGAGGGAAUGGCAGAUUUGAAGGUUGUGAAUGAUGCCAAAGGAGGCUCUUUUUAUAGGGACCAUCUUCCUCUGUUGGGAGAACAAGGUCCAGGGUCCAGAUCAGGUCCGGGGGGACUAGCGAUAGGUGACCAGGUCAACGUCGACCUUGAGCUUGAGAUUGUACAGUCUCUACAGCAUGGGCAUGGAGGGUGGACCGACGGAAUGUUUGAGUGUCUGGGUACCACAGGAACUGUUGUUGGCAUUGAUGAAGACCAUGAUAUUGUUGUAUCUUACCCCAGUGGAAACCGAUGGACAUUCAACCCUGCAGUUCUUACAAAAGUGAACACUCCUAGUGCUGUCCCCUCCACCUCUAAUGAGGCUACGCCCUCAGUCACCCCCUCGGCCCAGUUUGCUGUGGGUGACCUAGUCCAGAUCUGUAAUGACCCAGAGAAGAUCAAGCUCUUACAGAGAGGCCAUGGGGAAUGGGCAGAGGCCAUGAUGCCGACUUUGGGUAAGAUCGGGCGUGUCCAGCAGAUUUAUCACGACAGCGACCUAAAGGUGGAGGUCUGUGGCACCUCGUGGACCUACAACCCCUCCGCCGUCACGAAAGUCGCCUCCUCAGACGGUGCUGCCAUAGGAAACUCCUCGGGAGAGAGACUUAGCGCAUUAUUGAAGAAGUUAUUUGAGACCCAUGUGACUGGCGAUGCUAACGAGGAACUGGUGAAGGCGGCGGCCAACGGGGACUACGUCAAGGUGGAAGAUCUGCUCAGUCGACCCGACAAUGAUGUGAGUUACCAACCCGCUCAAAACGCAGCAGAGAAGGCAGAUAACUCACACUUAGCAGCCAAUGGAAUGUUUGCUGGACACACGGCCCUGCAGGCGGCCUCACAGAAUGGACACACUGACGUCAUCAAGAUCCUCAUCAAACACGAUGUCGACUUCGAAAUCGAGGACAAAGAUGGCGACCGUGCAGUGCAUCAUGCAGCUUUUGGAGACGAACCCAGCGUCAUUGAACAGCUACAACGCGGGGGAGCCGACCUGAAUGCCCGCAAUAAACGCAGACAGACACCACUGCACAUAGGGGUCAACAAAGGUCACAUUGGCGUGGUCAAAACUCUCCUGGAUCUGGGAUGUCACCCGAGUCUGCAGGAUUCCGAGGGGGAUACCCCACUUCAUGACGCCAUCAGCAAAAAAAGGGACGACAUGAUUUCCCUGCUUCUGGAACAUCACGCAGAUCUGACGAUCACCAACAACAAUGGCUUCAACUCACUGCAUCACGCUGCUUUACGGGGAAAUCCCAGUGCUAUGCGGAUCCUUCUGUCCAAAAUCCCCCGGCCAUGGAUUGUGGAUGAGAAGAAGGAUGACGGAUACACUGCCCUCCACUUGGCGGCACUAAACAACCAUGUUGAAGUGGCGGAACUUCUAGUUCACCAGGGGAAGGCUAACAUGGACUUGCAAAACGUCAAUCUACAAACAGCAUUACACCUCGCAGUGGAACGACAACACACACAAAUUGUCAGGUUGUUGGUGAGGGAGGGCUGUAACCUGAACAUCCCGGACAAGGACGGGGACACACCCCUCCACGAGGCGCUCCGACACCACACCCUGUCCCAGCUCCGACAGCUACAGGACAUGCAGGACGUCGGCAAGCUUCUAAUGGGCCUCGGAACUCCUGGAGCCGACAAGAAGUCCAGUGCUUCUAUUGCCUGCUUCCUUGCCGCAAACGGAGCUGACCUUAAUAUCAAGAACAAGAAAGGCCAGACCCCACUGGACCUUUGCCCCGACCCCAAUCUGUGUAAAGCCCUGGCCAAGUGUCACAAAGAGAGGCAUAGUCCAAAUGGCACUGCCUCUAACACAGUCAUCCUGCGGAAUGACCAGGAGUCACUGGAGGAGUGCAUGGUCUGCUCCGACCUGAAGAGGGACACCCUGUUUGGACCGUGCGGACACAUCGCCACCUGCUCCCUCUGUUCCCCGCGGGUCAAGAAGUGUCUGAUGUGUAAGGAACAGGUCCAGUCCCGCACCAAGAUAGAGGAAUGUGUAGUGUGCUCAGAUAAGAAGGCGUCCACUCUCUUCUUGCCCUGUGGACACAUGUGUGCCUGUGAUGGCUGCGGGCAGCUGAUGAAGAAGUGUGUGCAAUGCCGAUCCUCCAUAGAGAAGACUGUGCCAUUCAUUGUGUGCUGUGGAGGAACUCCUCCUCCGGCACCACAACCCCCUGGUAUAAUGAACAAUGGUUCCCGUGACAACACAAAAGACAUACAAAAGCUACAGCAACAAUUACAGGACAUUAAGGAUCAGGUACCAUUUCUUACUAGCUGUCCAGUGUGUAUGGACCGCCUGAAGAACAUGAUCUUCCUCUGCGGCCACGGCACAUGUCAGAUGUGUGGCGACAGGAUGGCGGAGUGCCCCAUAUGUCGAAAGGCGGUGGAAAAGCGGAUCCUUCUGUAUUAGUGACAUUGAAAAAGGUGGAUCGGUCUGCAAAAGUGAUAGUGGAAAAGUGGUGGAAAAGCAAAUUCCUCCAUACUCUUGGUGGAAGGCAGAACAAGUCAUGGAUGGCAUUAUUUAUGUGAUUGACAUUAUUUCAUGGAAAUUAAGAUGUUAAAUUUGAAGAAAGUCCAGCUGUAAGAAAAUACUGUUUUGUAUAUUGUACAUGGAUUAUUAUUAAUUAUUAUUAUUAUUAAUUUUUUCCCAGUUUUUGUUAUAAAAUCUCAGUGUUGUUGAAUCUAUGUUAAUGCGAAUUCAUUUGAUAGGUUUUUUUUUCUUACACUGCCUGUUUGUUUACAUAAGAAAAAAAAAACCUUGCUUGUACAUGUAUUCUGUGUCAGCACUGCAAGGUAUGAUAAAAUUGAAAUCCUCAUUCUUCUGAAUUCAAUCAAUCUUGUGUAGAUAAAAAAAGUAUGAAUGUUAUAAAGAUACGACAGAUUUUUUUUUUCAAAGUAUAUUUUAGUAUAACUUGGUGUGGAAAGCAUUUAGAAUAUGUCUCUUGUAUGUAAAUGUAUGUUAUAAAAAAAAAUAACCUCUAGAAGUUUGAACUUUAGUUUGGGAGGGUUGAUUCAAGAUUUCAUUCUAGAAAAAGGUUUUUGAUAAUGUUGAUAUUGAGUAAAUUACCGGUACAGUACAAGUAAAUGUUUUUAGAGAAAUUUUCUGACAAGUUGAUUCAAGUAAUAUACUGGUAUGCAUUGCUAAUGACACUACCAUUUUAAGGUGGAAUAACACAUCAUCACAGAAUGGCUGAUCGCUGAUCAAAUCGACAUUACCUUUUAUUAAAAGGAUUUUUUGGACUGAAGCAUAUAACUUACUCCCUAGCCGAGUGGAUAAAGUGUCAGACUUGUGAUCUGUACAUCCCGAGUUCGAAUCCCGCAGGAGCUUUUGUUGUUCUGACUGGAAUAAUUAUUUAAGAUAUUCAUUUUUUAUCCCCAAAUGUCAAAUUUUUCGCUUAUUUGACAUUUGUACAGUUUAUUUGAGUGACCUUUUCCAGGUGUGUUAUUCCACCUUAAUGUGAAAAUAAGAUCCUGCAAAAUAAAUGCACCAGUAAUGCACACCAUUGGUUAGAUUUUUUUGCUCUCAGUAGACAUACUGGUUCAUUUCAGGAGAUGCAAACAAAUGGAAAAUGCAUUUUGAAUUUAAGGUUUUAUUGCUCUUUUAAAUCGUAGUCAUUCUUUUAAAUGUAAAUUCUUACACUUCAAAAAUUUCUUUUUCACAGGGGUUAUUUUCAGUACAUAUAUAGAAUAAGCUAUUAUUUAACUGAUUUUGUUUAGAAUUCAAUAAACAUCAAGAAAGGAUGCUACAAAGUAGAAAAAUUGAAAUAUUUCUGUGUUGAGUUGGUGAAGAUUGGUUGUUCUCUAUUUUGUUCACAUUUUGAUGAUAAAGAUCUGUAGAUUUGAGGAGUAUUUUUCAAGAUUUUUUUUGUGUGUGUAAUCAUAAUGAAGUUUUCCUACCCUUGCCAAAUCUCAUCAGUAUAUAGCUGCAUUUAAACUCACUUGUUGGUCCUGUUUAGUAAAAUCAAGUACAAAAGAAGCUGUUUGUAAAAAUUCAAUUUCACUUUGUAUUUAUUUUUUCUUUUGUAUGAUCAGUGUUUUAAAGUUCCAUUCUGUUUUCAUCAUGAUAUUAAAAUAUCGAUCAAAUUAA